UCCGAGAGUCCUGCAGAGCCCAUCCUGUUCCUGUCCCCCUCGAGCAAUCGAGCUCUACAGCUGCACGCUCGCUUACGCGGAGACACAGACGCUGAGACACACGCAGGUCAUGAUGCUGCUCAUGGACUCGGGGAGCCGCGGUGACUGCUCCCCGGUCUGCUUGGACCUCAGCGUCGGCCUUUCGCCGCCGUCGCCGGGGAGCGGCCCGGAAACGACAGCUGACGCUGAGAGACUCGACCGUCCCGCCACUGGCUGCUGGGGGCCACGGACAUCGUCCCUCGCUGACGGGAAGGACGAGGCCAAGACCCUGGAGGCCAGGCUCACCCAGGUCAGCGAGGAGAACCGGCGUCUCACCGAGAUCAUCGCCUACAUGUACGCCAGCCAGGUCGCCGCGCGGCGGAGUCCCGACGGCAGGAAGAGGAGCAGGGACAGCCUGGAGCCGUCGAAUUCGGGCGACGCCAACGCUGCCGUCGAGAGCGCCGCCCUCAGCGACGAGGGCACGUGCAGGCGGAUCAAGCUCACCAGGGUCUGCACCAAGAUCGACCCCUCCGACACCACGCUCACCGUCAAAGACGGCUACCAGUGGCGCAAGUACGGCCAGAAGGUGACGCGCGACAACCCGUCCCCGAGAGCCUACUUCCGCUGCGCAUACGCACCAUCCUGCCCCGUCAAGAAGAAGGUGCAGAGGAGCGCGGAGGACAGCGCCAUGCUGGUGGCCACGUACGAGGGCGAGCACAACCACCCGAGCCCGACGCGCGCCGGCGAGCUCCCCAGCUCCACCUCCAUCAACUCCUCCGGCCCGGCCAUCACGCUGGACCUCACCAGGAACGGAGCCGGCGCCGUGCGGGGGCUCGAUGCCGCCGCCGAGGUGCCCGGCCUCAAGAGGCUGUGCCAGGAGAUCGCGUCACCGGAUUUCCGCACGGCGCUCGUGGAGCAGAUGGCGCGCUCGCUCACCAAGGAUCCCAAGUUCACCGACGCGCUGGCUGCCGCGAUCCUGCAGCAGCUGCCGGAGUACUAGUGUCUAGCGCCCCACCUGCUUUCAGUGCUUAUUACAGAUAUCAGAGCGCCCGUCUUCAAAGAGCAGCAGUUCUUUCAUCGUCAGGAAACAAAAAACCGCUUUACGUUUAGGGGUAGCUCGAAAACUCUAUUUUUAAGGGAUUUUUAUUAUCUCAAAGAAAAAUAAAUAAAUUUUUUUAAGAAAAUAGAAAUUCCUUUGAAAAAUAGAGUUUCUAAACUAAGACUUAGGGUUAGUUUAGGAAUCACAUUUUUCCAUGUGAUUUCUAUUUUUCUAAAGAAAUUUAGUUUAUGUUCUUUUUAGAAAACAGAAAUCCCUUAGAAAAAUAAAGCUUCUAAACUAGCUCUUACUUAGAUUAGAUUAGAGCCAAUCUCCCUCAAAUUUAUUAUAGGUGUACCUGUAAGUUUCUUUCUUCUGUUCUUCUGGCUAGGAUCUGAACUGCACUAGUACUACUGUACAUUUCACAUGUGCAUAGAGCCAUAGAAGGCCGUUGUC